AUGUCACCAAACCAAAAAUCCUGGUGGGCAGAAAAAAUGAUCUCUUAUCAAGAUUCAAAUUCCAAAAAUCGUAAAAAUCACGAUAUUGAUCAACAACACCAAAAGACUAAAGGAUCCGACUACGAUAAUGGACAUAAUAAUGAUUUACUUAUUAAAUGUAUCAUUCGUGAUGGACGUGUAUUUAGUGAUUUUGAUAAACCAGGUAUCAAAGAAGUCUUACAAAAAGCGUUUUCCGGCUAUGCUCCUGUCAAUCGACAUAUUGUCUCUCGCCGUCUGAAGCGCCUUCAUGUAUCUCAUCGUAAGAAAUUGAUUGCUGAUUUGAAAUAUGUCGAUUACAUGUCCAUCACUACAGAUUUUUGGUCGGAUCGUCAAAUACGAUCAUUUCUAGUAAUUACUGGGCAUUAUUUCAAAGAUGAUGGUUUCAAUUUAAAAUCGACAAUUUUGGAUUUUUCUACAUUUGAUAAACGACAUACAUCACAUGAAAUAUCGCGAAUCUUGACGACAAAAUUAAAAGAACUCAAUAUUUUACACAAAGGUAUUCGUGUCACUUGUGAUGGCGCGAGUAACAUGGUGCGAGCUGUUGGUGAUCUAAAUUUAGAGUCAGGACGGCUGUGGUGUGUAGCACAUCGUCUUCAUCUGACUGUUACAAACGCUUCAGGAUUUUGGAUUAAGAAAAGCGGAGAUGAAAAUAUCUGUAUUGACGAAGCAGCCUUUUUGGCUGCUUUAUCUUUUGCUCAAAUGUCGUCGAUGGUACCAAUAUCGGGUUCAUCGUAUAGCUAUGUUCAUAUGACAAUGGAUGAAUUUUGCGCAUGGUUAGUCGACUGGGAUUUAUCCUUAGAAUACGCAUGCGCUGCAGCUACCAUCAGCAUCAGUUGGUCAGCUUAUGUCAAGUCAUUUAUUGAGAUGAUAUUCCAUAUCAAAGCUGAACAACGAAUUUUACUGGCACCAAUCGGUUGGAAUCAGACAACACAAUUUGUGUUUUUAACCGAUUCAUAUUGCAAUUUAACGACCAUAAUUAUUGCCUUAACAUUGUCAGCGUUGUUACUGCAUGGUCUUCGAGCAACUGCUAUUAUCAACAGUGUUAUUGUUGUUUUUAAAAUUGUUGUUCUUCUUGUUUUUACAGAUCAUAUAUAA